AUGGUUGUCGUAAAUGGAUGGUUUGAGGAUGAAACAUUAAACCCCAGAACGGAUAGAAAGCCAUCAACAUCUGAAGACUUGAGAGAUCCAAGAUAUUGCAUGGUGCACCGCAAUAAGGGCCAUGGGUUAACCGAUUGUUAUGUGGUAAGGACGAUGUUUCAUAGGCAAGUGAAGGAAGGGAAGAUACUCCUAAAUGGGGAACAAAACCAAGAAGGUGUAAAAAGUACUCCUUUCCCUCAACAUGAUGUUGGAAUGAUAGGCAUUGAAGGAGAGGUAAUGCUGACAGAGAUCGUAGAUGAAGCAGAAGAGAUGGUUACCAUGGAGGAGUCCUUGGAUGAAGACACCUUGACAAGAGGUCUUUUGAAGUCUCGAGGUUGUAGAAUCAUGUUCAACCAACUUGGCUUAGAACCCCACAUUCAGAAAGAGGUGGCCAGAGCUCUAAUAGGAGUCAUUCAGAAGCAUGAAAAAGGUUUUGGGGGCAUUAACGCUCAGCUCACAAGAUUAGCAAAGGCCCAUGCAAACGCCCUGGUGUUUCGGGACCCUGACUCAUUUAAUGGGGAGUUUUACCAUAAUAAACCAUUGUACGUGGAAGUAGUAGUAGAAGGCAUGAAGGUCAGAAGGGCCUUGGUGGAUGCUGGAUCAGGGGUAAACAUUAUACCCACUCAUAUAUUUCUAAAAAUGGGAGGUUCUGCUGAUCAGAUAAGGCCUACUCAAGUCGGGCUCAAUGCUUUUAAUAGAGUGGGUGUGAAAUCUAGAGGGUGUGUUAAUGCUGUCUUGGAGGUUGGCCCCAUAAAGACCAAUAAUAAGUUUCAUGUGGUGGAUGGAAGCUCUAGCUACCACAUCCUACUGGGACGUCCAUGGAUUCAUUUACAUCAGUGCAUUCCUUCAAGUUGGCAUCAAUGCAUAAAGUCUAGUUGGAGAGGGAAGGAUAUUAGCAUCUCAGCCACUGAACUCGGGGGUCCAGGGGAGAAAAAUUACCAGAACUCCCCUGGCCCCGACAUCCUAAGUAUACAAGAAAAAGAACAUUUGCAAAGCAGCAUAGAAAAUGCCCCUUUCCAACUCCAAGAUGAAGCAAAGCAGAAGGAGGAAGAGUUGGAAGAGAUUAAUUUAGGAACUGAAGAACACCCGAGGCCUUUGAUCGUGUGCAAAACUCUAGGGGAGAAAGAGAAAAGGGAUUUGAUAGCAUUAUUAACAGAGUUCAGAGAUGUGUUCGCUUGGAACUAUGAUGAAAUGCCAGGGUUAGAUCCAAACCUGGUGACCCACAAUUUAGCCGUGAGGAAAGGAGCAACUCUUAUCAAGCAAGCUCCUAAAAAAUUCUCCAAUGAAAUAGAAGCUCAAGUAAAGAAAGAAAUCGAAAAGUUACUCAUAGCCAAGUUUGUCAAACCAAUACAACAUCCCUCUUGGUUAGCCAACAUAGUGCCAGUGAAAAAGAAGAAUGGGCAGAUCCGGUGUUGCGUGGAUUUUAGAGAUCUAAACAAAGCUUGCCCUAAGGAUGAUUUUUCUCUGCCAGAUGUCGAUAGAAUGGUAGAUGCUACAGCCGGAUUUGAGAGGUUCUCCUUCAUGGAUGGAUUUAGCGGGUACAACCAAAUUAGAAUGGCUCCGGGAGAUGAAGAAAAGACAGCAUUUCGAACACCCGUAGGUAAUUUUUACUAUACUGUCAUGCCUUUUGGCCUAAAGAAUGCUGGAGCAACCUACCAAAGAGCCAUGACUGCUAUAUUCCAUGACAUAAUACAUGACUUUGUAGAAGACUAUGUAGACGAUUUGGUUGUCAAGUCAACAUCCGGGAAGCAACACACAGAACACCUCAGAGCUGUGUUCACUAGAUGCAGAAAGUAUAGACUCAAGAUGAACCCCAUGAAAUGUGACUUCUGGGUGUCAUCUGGAAAGUUCUUAGGAUUCAGAGUCCACAAAGGAGGCAUUUCAGCUGACGAGGAUAAGAUUAAAGCUGUCCAAGACAUGGAACCUCCGAAAGACAUCAAGGGACUUCAGAAGUUCAUAGGCAAGCUGGGGUACAUUCAAAGGUUCAUACCAGCAUUAGGGGAGCUCUUAGGACCCCUAAGACCUUUGUUGAAAGAGAAGAACACCUUUACGUGGGGACAACACCACCAAGCUGUGAUGGACAAGAUCAAGAACGUUCUCACGUCCACUCACACCAUGACUUCCCCUCAGCCUGGUGCACCAUUGAAGGUAUACUUAGCGGUAGGAGAAGAAGCAGUUAGUGGGUUAAUUGCACAAGAAGGUGAAGGUAAAGAGAAACCCAUUGCUUAUGUUAGCAGAGCCAUGAAAGGGCCGGAACAAAGAUACUCUUCACCAGAGAAACAUUGUCUCGCUCUGGUGUACAUCUCACAAAGAUACCGACACUACUUUCAAGCACACCAAGUAGAAGUCAUAUCGAAAAAUGAAGGUCUCAGAUUUUUAAUUGAAAAGCCAAUGUUGACUGGAAGAAUGAGUUGUUGGGUACUCCUAAUAAGCGAAUAUGAUGUGAAAUUGGUGACACCUACCACCAUUAAGAGCCAAGCUUUGGCUGACCUCUUGUCGAUCUGUCCUGAAAAAGCAACGAUUGAAGAGUUGCCAGAUCAGAUUCCAGGAACAAUAGAGACUGUUUAUGCUUGCAAUGAAGAGGAAACAUGGACCCUCAUGUUUGAUGGAACACCCUCGAAUCCUCAAGGAGGGGCAGGAGUCAUCCUUACAGACUCCCAUGAAAGAAACCUGUCCUUCAUGUUUCGAUUGGAUUUCUCUUGCACCAACAAUGAGGCAGAGUGUGAAGCGCUAAUGCUCGGUCUAAAGAUGGCUCAAGAAGUUGGUAUCAAGAAACUCCAUGUCAAAGGAGACUCCAACCUAAUAAUACAACAAAUCCUAGGAGGGUAUGGCACGAAGGAAAGAAGUCUGGCCUUAUGCAGAGAGCAAGUGUGGCGCAUGAUGAAGGUAUUUGAUAAGAUCUCAUUUGAGCAUGUACCCCGAAUAGAAAACAAGCAUGCGGAUGCUUUAGCAACAUUGGGGAGUAGAGUUACUAUUCAAAAUGGACAACAUGCUUUGGAACAUCGGGUAGCUGAAAGUCCUGCCAGAGAAGAAGGGAUGUUUGUGGAAGGAAAAACCAAUGAUUGGCGAACGCCUAUACAUGAACAGCUCAGAACGCUCAACAUCACCAAAGAAACAAGAGGAUUUUGCCUCCUCAAUGGGCAAAUGUUCAGAAAAAGCAAUGAUGGACUCCUCAUGAAAUGUGUAGGAGAAGAAGAAGGGAAAGAAAAAGCAGAACAACUGCAUGGAGCCACUUGCGGAGAAGAAGGCCCCGGUUUGUACCAAAGGCUCCAGAGGUGGGGUAUUUAUUGGCCGAAAAUGAAGUUUCAUUGUGAUGAAUUACAGGCUUCCUGCAAGGCUUGUCAAGAAACAAAAGAAAGCAUGCAGAUAUGUAAUGUUCACAAUUGGCAACAACCCAUCGUAGAGUACCUCGAUGCUGGAGUUUUGCCUUUAGAGAAAAUAGAAGCUGAGAGAUUGAAGAAGAGAUCAGAACGCUACUUCUUGCGAAAAGGAAGAUGCAAUCAACUGGGCCAAAAGGUGUCUACAAUGCCAAAAGCAUGCAAACUUGAUACAUGCACCAAGCGUGCAGAAGAACAGCCUCAAAACACCAUACCCAUUCCAUACAUGGGCGGUAGAUUUUGUGGGACCAAUCAACCCCCAUCAAUGGGGAAGAAGUGGAUUCUAGUUGCAACAGAAAGCUUCACCAAGUGGGUGGAGGUUGUCGCUGUCAGGGAAGCAAAUGCUGAAGCAGUAGUGAGAUUUAUCAAAGAAAAUAUAAUAUGCAGGUUUGGGCUGCCAAGUGUUCUAGUGUCCGAUAAUAGAACCCACUUUGUUAACCAAAGAGUGUGGGGUGUUCUUGAACAAUACCAAAUCAAACAUCACAAGUCUUCCCCCUACUACCCGCAAGGCAAUGGCCAGGCAGAGGCUACUAACAAGAGCCUUUUGAAAAUACUCACAAAGAUGGUGACCGAUGCUCAUAAAGAUUGGAGUGAAUACCUACCACUUGCUCUUUGGGCUUACAGAACAACCAGAUAUGGAACAACCGAAGUAACACCCUUCUCGUUGGUUUUUGGGGUUGAAGCUGUACUGCCAACAGAGAUUGAAGUGCCCACCGCCAGGAUGUUGUUAGACAAGGCAAGGGAUCGUGAAGCUGAGGUGCAAGAAUUGGAAGAAAAAAGAGAAGUUGUGGGAAGCAAGAUGGAAGAAUACCACCGGAGACUAGCGUUAGCUUACGACAAGCAUGUUCAGCCCAGGGUGUUCCUAGAGGGUGAUCUGGUGCUAAAAUCAAUAGACGCAGUAAUGAGGAAGAUGUCUUUGCCAAAAUGGGCUCCCAAAUGGGAGGGUCCUUACAUUGUUUCUGAAGUACACCCCAACAGACACUGUAUCCUGCUGGACCCAGACCAUGGAACAACCACUAGCCCCAUCAAUUUCAAGUAUGUUAAGAAAUACUAUGCCUAA